CAAGCAACAGAUUAUUGCAAAUUCCUCCCGCCCCUCCUUGCGGACUCCGCUGUGAUCCACCUCCCCUUUCCCGGACAGCCCAGCACGCCCUCGCUGCCGGGCCGGCAAACAUGCCCAUGCCCAUGCCCAGGGCGCAGCCCGCCGCAGGGGGACGGGGACGGGGACGGGGACGGGGUGUUUGAAACCACCGAGAAGCCAUUAGGCAGCCGACAGCGGUGCAGCUUGGCCCUCCCAUGUGGCUCCAUUUUCACCACUCACCAGGCAUCCACAGUGACCAUGGAAACAGCGCUGAUCUUUCUGUGCUCUCUGCUGGUGCCUGUGGUCGUAGCGGACGCAGCCAAUCAAGAGAAGGAAAAAGAUCCUUUCAACUAUGAUUACCAGAGUUUGAGGAUCGGCGGUUUGGUGUUUGCCGUGGUCUUGUUUUCUGUUGGAAUUCUCCUUAUACUCAGCAGGAGGUGCAGAUGCAGCUUCAACCAAAAGCCCAGAGCCCCUGGGGAUGAGGAGGCUCAGGUGGAGAACUUGAUUGCCUCAAACGCAACAGGGGCACAAAAAGCAGAGAACUGAACUAGAGCCAUCAGAUCAGAAACCUGAGGACAGACGCUUGGACCACAAAUGCAAGCGACCUGCAAGAAAGCGAGAAUGAUAGCAACAGGUCCUCCUAAGGAGAUGCAAAGAAGCUGUGUCUGUGUUACCCACUGUAUUUUAAUACUGGUUCUCUGUAUAAAAACCUAACUAAACUCCACGCGCCAUACUGUCUGCCUACAGUAAUGUGUAAUGUUCAUGUAUAACGACCAUCACCUCUAAGGCUAGCUGUUGACGAUGUUGUAUUAGUAAGUUUCUUUUCAUUUUUCAAGUGCAGUUGAGUGGUGCGCGACUGUGUGAGAAUGUGAGGAUGUGCUCCCCAUGGCACUUCGCUUGGCACCAUAUUGGGGGGCAUGGUUCUUUGUCCUUUCUGUGGAGAGGGGGAGGUUUUUGGGUGGCUGCCUCUCAGACCUAGGAGCAUGGAUCAUACGCCACACUGCUAACUAAGGAAGGGAGGAGGGUGGGAAUGGGAAAGGGGUUGGAGAGAGGUAUUAUUUUCACAUCUGGGCUGAUUGUGUUUUAUUCUCUUGGCGGGGCAGGAAAUCUGUUAGAACCGGAGAUGGGUCCAAACAAAUCCCCCGGCUCCAGACUCUGGAUGUUUGAUGAAGGGACGGGGGGGUCUGAAUCUGAACUCGCAUCCAGAUUUCUAAGGUGGCCAAACCCAGAGCCCAGGCCCAGACACCCUCCUGGGCUUUGGGGAGUUUGAAAUCUGAAUCCUGGCUCAGGCUCUGCACCUGUGGCUCUAGUGAGAAACCUAUGGCCAGUGGCACCAAUUGAACCAGAGCUCAGCUAAAGGCCUCGUCCCAGUUGUGGCAGCCAGCCACUACAGCCAGUGCUUGUGCUGUGGAUGGCUGGUGUGUGCACAUGUGCAACACAAAUGUUGCACGCUCAAAGCAUUGCAAGCAGCAGGUUCUUGUGAUGCAGUUUUUGUUUAAUUUAGACGGGGCUUCAGGAAUCACUUCUGUUUUGUUUCGGUGAAACUGAAUCUGCAGAUAAAAUACAACACAGUACGGCUGGAAGAGACCCUUGGGGAGGAGAUUGCAGUUGCGUUUUGCAGUAUCAGCAAUAACCUUCAUGUGCCCCUGGAGCACGGCCCCAAGGGCCCUGGCUGGUGAGGAGAAAGCAGAAAAGCCAGAUGCUUUUAUUUCUCAGACCGCACCUUCAUGCCAGUUUAAACCCAAGAGAGCUCUCUGCAGCAUGUGGCUUGUCGCUGCAGCACCCUCCUCUCUGAGCUCACAGCUAAAAUCGCCUCCCCCCGGGAGAUGUUAUUUUAAAUGUGAUCUCUGUGAAAUGCCCCAGCACAGUGACACUAUGCGGGAAAGCUGGCUGUGCAGUCAGUAAUCCUGCUCCCUGCCUCCCAUUCUGUGUGACUCUGCUGGGUCGGGGUUGGGAAGGAGAUUAGACUGUCUCUGAGGUCUAAACAGGUCUUGUCUCAGACAUUGUCUCUGUUAAAGGGCCAGUUCUUUUUUGUCUAAACCAGCAAAGGAAUCCAUGGAGCACUGCAGGAGAUUAAAUGCAGCAGCACUUUACUGUGAGUGGCCACACCUUUGUUAAUUCCUUUGCAGUGCCCUGUGGUGGGGUACAGGGGGUUGAGUCCUUGGCAUUAAUGUCAUGUGUAAUUGCAUAGCAGCUAGACAUUGUCAGUACCCACUUGCUGUACAACACUCCCAUCUGCCUCUGCAGAGAAAACAGAGCCCUGAAUGAUGCUGGGUCACCCUCCAGGGCUCAGAGGGCAGCUCUGAUAGGGUGGAGGCUGCCUCCAUGCAGGUGGGCCAUGCACCACUUAUUUCUUACGCUGCCUUCAUAGAAUCAUAGAAUAUCAGGGUUGGAAGGGACCUCAGGAGGUCAUCUAGUCCAACCCCCUACUCAAAGCAGGACCAAUCCCCAACUAAAUUAUCCCAGCCAGGGAUUUGUCAAGCCUGACUUUAAAAACUUCUAAGGAAGGAGAUUCCACCAUCUCCCUAGGUAACGGAUUCCAGUGUUUCACCACUCUUCUAGUGAAAAAGUUUUUCCUAAUAUCCAACCUAAACCUCCCCCACUGCAACUUGAGACCAUGACUCCUCGUUCUGUCAUCUGCUACCACUGAGAACAGUCUAGAUCCAUCCUCUUUGGAACCCCCUUUCAGGUAGUUGAAAGCAGCUAUCAAAUCCCACCUCAUUCUUCUCUUCCGCAGACUAAACAAUCCCAGGUGUAACUAGGAAUUAAGUGUUGCCUGCCUCUGUGCUGGCCUAGGGCACAGUGUGAAUUUUCCCCCCAAAACUUCCCAAAGUAUUGUCACUUAUCCAAACCUCUGAGCACCCAGGAAUAUGGCCCAGUCCUGUCGUCUUUCCUGGUGACUUAUGCAUUACAAGGGGAAAACUCAUGUGGUCAGGUGACCUCGUAAGAUUCCCAGCACUUGCCAGGCACAUGCACAAACCCAAUGUGAGAUAAAACAAGGGGAAAGAAAUAAAAUUAAAUUCAAGGGGGAUGAAGAUUUCAGAACAUCAGUGUAGGUCCAGAUCCAUUCCAGGAAGAUUUGGUGAGCAGAAGGAAGGUUUGUUUGGGAUCCAUGACUUCAGGACACCAUAGUUUGCUUUCCUCCAGUGGUGUGUGAGAUGGGAAGCAUCUCAUGUCCCGCAGUGUGAGGCAGAAUGAAUGCGUGUUGUGUACCUCAGACUCUUAUCUUUGUCCAACCUGUAGCAGGCAGUAAUAUGUUCUUUUUUUCUUGGUGGCAUUCUACUGAUUCAAACAGGCAAACAAGCAAAACCCCUCCCAGUCCCCCCCCCCGAGUGUUAGCUGUAUGUACACCAUGAGUUCUAUGUUCAGAGUGACUUCAGUGUCUGUAGUGUGCAGUCAGUAUAAAAAAAAAAUAAAAAUCAAGUAUGUAGAAAAUGGUAAAAUCUUGAAUGUUGUAAAAUAAAACCAACUGUUGUGUUUUUCAUUUUAAAUCAGCAAACCUUGCUGCUGUGAUAACGGACUGUUGUUUUCUGUAUUGUGAUCCAGAAUCUAAGGGGGGAAAAAAAGGAAUAAAAUAUCAUUUCUAUCUCA